CCACCCGCCAAAACAAGAAGAAGAAGAGCAGUCUCAGCACUGAUAGCACCAACUCAGUGUAGCUCACAAACAAUUAAUCUCAGUUUAGCUAUCGUAUACUCCACACAGUUCUGAGAAAAUCUCGUCCAAAGCUGUCUCGAGUUCCGGCUGAAUGGCUGAAGCGUCCGUUAUAGAUGCACCGAAGUUGAAUCCCGAGUCUGCGGAGUUUGUACCCCAAGCUAAACCCAACCAGCCCCCCUUUAGGAGAAAUUACAGGCAGCAGCACCACGGUCAGGACUGGAGGGCUCAACAUGUUAGGCCUCAUCACCACUUUAGACAGUCCAGUGCGAGUCAAGAUGAGUUUGAAAACCCUGCCAAUAAUACAUUAGCUCCUGCUCAGCUUCCCAUUAGAGAAGACUUGAGAGGUAGGGGUCGAGGAGGGAGACAAAGAGGAGGACGUGGUGAUGGUCGGCGCAGUAAUGACCAUUGCCCUCCGUACGAGAGAUGCAAGAAACCUGGAAGUGAUCAUGACUGCUCAGGAAGAGGCCGUGGAGCUUGUGGCCGUGAGCGACCUAACUCACCCACUUCUUAUAGAUCCACAGAUGAGGAGAAGAAAGAAAGAACAACUGUGGAAGCCCAUGUGAGAAAGUCUUAUAAUGACAGCCGACGCAAGCAGCCCAAUAGAGCACAAGCUGAGAGAUGGAUAAAGGGGCCUCUUCCCAGGGACCAAGAGGAGAACCGGGAAAACCAGACUGAUGCAGGAGACACAAGGCCUGCAGCAGUUCACGAACAUCCAGAGCCUGAGCAGAGGAAUCAUAAGGGAUGGAGAGGUGGAGAGCGGUGCAUGCACCCCAAUUCCCGGAGGAAAGGACAGGCACCUAACCAUGGGAUUGAGGGUAACUGGAGAGAAAGAGAACCUGCUCAGAACAUCAGGGAGGAGAGGAGAGGUGCAGAAGAUGAGGGUGGAAGACAGGAGGAGUCUAACAGGAACAGAGGAGCUAUGAGAGGGGAGGAGAGAAGAGGUGCAGAAGGUGAGGGGGGAAGACAGGAGGAGUCUAACAGGAACAGAGGAGGUGCGAAAGGGGAGGAGAGGAGAGGUGCAGAAGGUGAGGGUGGAAGACAUGAGGAGUCCAACAGGAACAGAGGAGCUAUGAGAGGGGAGGAGAGAAGAGGUGCAGAAGAUGAGGGAGGAAGACAGGAGGAGUUCAACAGGAACAGACGAGGUGCGAAAGGGGGGGAGAGAAGAGGUGCAGAAGAUGAGGGAGGAAGACAGGAGGAGUUCAACAGGAACAGACGAGGUGCGAAAGGGGAGGAGAGGAGAGGUGCAGAAGAUGAGGGUGGAAGACAGGAGGAGUUCAACAGGAACAGACGAGGUGCGAAAGGGGAGGAGAGGAGAGGUGCAGAAGGUGAGGGCAGAAGACAAGAGGAAUCCAACAGAAACAGAGGAGGUGCGAGAGGGGAGGAGAGAAGAGGUGCAGAAGAUGAGGGAGGAAGACAUGAGGAGUCCAACAGGAACAGAGGAGGUGCGAGAGGGGAGGUCAGAAGACAUGAGGAGUCCAACAUGAACAGAGGAGCUGUGAGAGGGAAAAGGCCACUUCUGCAGAAUGCAGGACUGGGGAGAGGUGGGGGUCCUGAGCGACGGACCGGACCGGUGAAGCGCAUUGAGCCUCCCAAAAGCAAAGAAACCCAGACAGGUUGUCUGAUUGAGCAGCUGACGGAGGAGAAGUAUGAGUGUAUGGUCUGUUGUGAAGUGAUUCGGCUCAUUGCUCCAGUUUGGAGCUGUCAGAGCUGUUACCACGUAUUUCACCUUAACUGCAUCAAGAAAUGGGCUCGCUCACCUGCAUCUCAAGCUGAUGAUGCCCCUGAAGGAUGGCGUUGUCCUGCAUGCCAGAAUGUGGCACUUAAAGCCCCAAAUGCGUAUACCUGCUUCUGUGGGAAGGUGACCAAUCCUGAGUUUCAGCGCACUGAGAUCCCUCAUAGCUGUGGGGAUAUGUGUGGGAAAAAGAGGAGUGGAGGGGAAUGCAAUCACCCCUGUAAUAUCUUGUGCCAUCCUGGGCCCUGCCCGCAGUGUCCAGCUUUUAUCACAAAGUCCUGCAUUUGUGGUAGAAUGAGUAAGCAGGUUCGUUGCAGUCAGGCUGGACCUCUGCUUUGUGAGGAAGUCUGUGGGGCUCUUCUGAACUGCUCAAAGCACUUCUGUGCCCAGGUGUGCCACUCAGGGCCAUGCCAACCCUGCCCACUUCGUGUUCAGCAAGCUUGCUUUUGUGGUGUGGUGUUCAGGGAGGUGGCAUGUGGGACUGAUUGUGGCCAUUUUGAUGGAUCAGGAUAUUUCUCCUGUUGCAAAACCUGUGGAAAGAUGCUGGACUGCCAGUCCCAUCGCUGUCAGCAGUUAUGCCACCCUGGGCAGUGUCCGUCAUGUCCACUCAGCCCCAAGCUGGUGCGCAGCUGUUCGUGUGGACAGACUCCAUUAUCUAAACUUCUAGAGCUCGGCUACCCAGAGAGAAAGAACUGUACUGACCCGAUCCCCUCCUGUGGCAAGACCUGCAACAAACCACUGCCAUGUGGAGAUGAUGAUUCUGUCCACUUGUGUGAAAAGCUCUGCCACGAGGACAGCUGUGGGCCGUGCUCUUUGACCUCCUCUAUUAAAUGCAGAUGUGGCAGCAACAGCAAGGAAGUUCCUUGUGCAGCCAUUCAGACUGAACAAGACAUGAUGUUUACGUGUGAGAAACGCUGCAUCAGGAAGCGCUCCUGCGGCAGACACAAGUGUGGGGAGAUGUGUUGUGUGGAUCUGGAGCAUAAGUGCUCAAUGAUUUGUGGUUACAAGCUCAAUUGCGGUCUACAUCGAUGUCAGGACCUUUGCCACCGUGGGAACUGCCAGCCUUGUUGGCAAACCAGUUUUGAUGAGUUGGCGUGCUACUGCGGGGAGACUGUGCUCUUCCCGCCCAUCCCUUGUGGAACCAGACCCCCUGAAUGUAAAAACUUAUGUACCCGAAGUCAUGAUUGUGAUCAUCCAGUGUUCCAUUCAUGCCACACUGAGGAGAGAUGUCCACCCUGUACCUACCUCACCAAGAAGUGGUGCAUGGGUAAUCAUGAGCAAAGGAGUAAUAUCCCAUGCCACCUGCAGGACAUCUCGUGUGGUUUAGCGUGUGAUAAGCUCUUACCCUGCGGUUCGCAUCGCUGUAAGAAAAUAUGUCACCGUGGUGAAUGCCAGGCAGAGGGAGAGUGUAAGCAGCCAUGCACUCACCCUAGAACAAGCUGUGGACACCCCUGUGCUGCUCCCUGCCACCCAGGCACCCCCUGUCCACCCACUGUCUGCAGUGCCAAGGUGGCACUGAAGUGUGACUGUGGCCGAAGGAAAGAGACUAUUCCUUGCACUGAUGCAGCUAGUUCCUAUCAAAGAUAUGCAGCUAUUUCCGUUGCCAGUAAGCUGUCAGAUAUGCAGCUGGGAGAGUCCGUAGACAUUGGACAGCUGACGAAGAAAGAGCAGAGAAAGGCCAGGUUGGAGUGUGAUCAAGAAUGUGCUACACUGGAGAGGAACAGGCGGCUGGCCGAGGCCCUGCAGAUUGAUCAGGCGGUGGAUACCUUCAAGUCAGCGUCUUCCAAAUAUAGUGACUCUCUCAAAGAAGAUGCAAGGAAAGAUUUCAAGUUUGUCAGUGAAAUUGAGGAGGAGAUUAAGAAUUUAGUUGAACUGGCUAACAAGGGUAAACAGACUAAGAGGAGUCACUGUUUUCCACCUAUGAAGCGUGAACACAGGAGAAUAAUCCAUGAGCUUGCGGAGGCUUAUGGUGUGGAAAGCGUCAGCUAUGAUAGUGAACCCAAGCGCAAUGUAGUGAUCACUGCCAUCAGGGGGAAAGCAGUGUGUCCUAACACUAGUCUGGCUGCUUUGGUUGAAAGGGAAACUGUCUCCAGAGCCCCCCCUCCUAUUGCCCACAUCAAACAACAAACCAGCAAGGCCGACAACAGUGAUGCUUGGAAGAAACAAUCUAGAGAGGAUCUCUCCAUUGAUUAUUUUGAUGUGCAGGAUUGACAUGAAAUUUUGAACAUUCAAUGUAUUAAUCACACAAAAUAAAGCUGUCCAAAAACUU